UAUGUAUACAUUAUUGUCGUCAAAAUUAAUUAAUUAUCGAUCAAUGGGUGUAUUAUGUCUACCAUUAUCAGUGAUUUGGUGGACAUAUAAUAAGCCGUUGUUGUUGUCAUCAUCAUUGGUUAACUACUGGCAAUCGUUUCGGACAAAGUCCAGUAGUAGCCGACAAUUGUCUGCAAAACCAAACAAUCGGUAUUGUCUUAGAUCGGCAGCGCUUAUGAACCCAGGCAUCGAUGGUAUCGAUAUGAUUGCAAUGAAAAACAAAUGCAUCGGAUCGGUAGGUCGUGUUUUAAAACCAAUAAUGGAAGAUUUUUGGACAUUUCCUAAUGAAGGAACCGGCGUUUUUGUUGUCGACAAUCGGCUAAUGUUGACCUGUUAUCAUGUGGUCGUACAUCUGCCGAUAGUUUGGAUUGAAUAUAUAAAAAUCUAUGAGAAUCGGUUAGUAAAAAAAUCAAGUUUUAUUGAGGCCGACGUUGUCUACUGUGAGCCGCACUGGGAUUUGGCAAUACUUCGGCUCCGCAAACAGCCGUCACUUAAGUAUAAUACGGCGACACCAAUGUCUCUGAUUACCAACGCUACCGAAAGUAUCGGAUUCGGUGCACCGGUAGCUAUGAUCGGUAAUGGCAAUGCUAUACACUAUGCACUACACACGGGUAUGAUUAGGACACCUGAAGUCGACAACAAUAUGCAACCGUAUAAGUAUUAUGUAAGUACAGUACCGUUUGGCAAACAAUUACCAAUGAUAACCAAUAGUAUGGUCACUGUUCCGGGUUUUUCGGGAAGUCCUGUAAUCGAUACCAGUGGCCAAUUGUGUGGUCUUGUUUGGGGCGGUUUUCUUCAACGAUUUCUGAUAAGCUUUGCUGUCGAUUAUAAAACAUUGUCAGCGUUUAUCGAUAGGGCUAUAGUUUAUGAAAGUGAUGGCAGAAAACAAACCCGUCUCAGGAAACGGUAUGAAUGGGACAUUGGGUCCAAUAGACGACUAUUGGGUUUGAUUUUUGAUAGACAACCGAUUUCCGGUAGUUUUACUGUCCAGACAGCUCUACCCAAUGCUACAGAUAAUGCAAAACAAAUUAUCGGCACUAAUGUAUUGAAAAUCGAUAGACAAGACUUCAAUAAUAUCGAUAUUAUCCGAUCGGCUAUUGUUAAUGAAACGGUAAUAACCGUUUGGUUUAGGUAUACGACUACUGAUGAUGAAGACAAUAGUCAAACAAUAGUUAGAAAGUUUAGCACACAAUCCCUUAUCAUCGAUACUAUACCAUCAACUGAUAAUCAGGGCAUUAGUAUUAUACCAUUAGUUAUUUGA